CAGUCUUCAUUUGUCAUUGAGAUCGACUUACAAACACCACGAUCGCAUCGUACAUCAUAGUGCCAAUACUGGUACAAUUAUUCUGACGAUGAUGAUGACGAUGAUGGCAAUGACAAGACUUGCACUGGCGAGGAGUGCACUUUGCCUGACGAGCACCUCGUUUUUCGCUGUUGCAGCGCCAAUACGACGGCCGCCAAGCAUUGCCGGACAGUCCGAGUCCACUCGAUCUGCGUCAUCAUCAUCAGUUUCAACUUCAGCAGCAUCGAGCGACACACCACUGAGGACGGUCCACCGAUUUCCAGUGCCUGACUUUGAGCACGUUCCACGCUCGCCGUCGUCGCUUCCGCUCGAGGACGCGUCCAUCGCCACACUGAGCUCGGUCUUCACGCCGCAAGUGACACGCGCACUCUAUCGAGCCUACCUGCGCGAAAUCAGACGAGUUCCGCGUCUCGCACUGCGGGAGCGAGCCAAACAGGAGCUUCGAGACACUUUCAUCGGGGCACGGGUGCUUGUUGAGGCACCCACACGACCGGAGCGCGCCCGGCGGCUAUGGGCACUUACAAAGUUUUUAUUUGCCGGAAAGCCAAGGCAAAAUUUGCCUGUGCCAAAAGCACCGCUAGAGAUACUCUAUGCCAUUCAAAAUCAGCUGUUAUUGCCGUUUGUCGAAUCGCCGCAGCAUCUCCUCGCGCAUGCCAUCUACACACUUCAGUGCAUGCAGCGAGCGUCCAACCCACUAGACGCGUUGUACAUUCGAAGUGCGCCGACGCCCGACUUUGACGAUCUGACCUAUUAAAAGAGGGGACCACAAGUUUCCGUCGCAUGGACGUACCGCUCAAGUGCAUGCGGCGUACAAUCUCCCUUCGCAGCAUGUCUUUGUUGGGAAGCGAGCGACCAUGGGGUACAGGCUUCUCAAAAUGCCUGCAGCGAUCACGGCUUUGAUUUUGGUUGUUUGGUUCUAUUCAAAGCCAACCUGCUCCCAGGAUGCUUGAAUUGCUCAUAUUGCCGUGUCUCGCUUUUGCUGUGUUCUUGUCAACCGCUUUCUCUUGUUCGCCAGUGCAUGAAUCCGGAAUCAAACCUUCAAUCCAAUGUUCC